AGAUCUGCUUCUCCGCGGCUCCGGGCGCUGAGGCGGCGUCCGGGAGGCGUCUUCUGCAAAGGUUGCCUGGCGCUGUCCAACAUGGAGGAAGCUCCGGCCGCGGGCGUCACCUGCGAGCGGGACUAACCCCCUCCUGGCGUUCCGGGCAGCGGUGCCCGGUCCCGAGCCCAGGGACUCGGCCGCCUGCACGCCCCGCGGGGGACCCCGGCUCGGGUUGCCGCCUGGCCGCGGGCUUCUCGACUGGGACGCAGCGCCAAGAGGGAGCGCGGCGGCCCCAAGUCUCCCUGAGCCAUGGGCAACGAGGCGAGCUUGGAAGGGGAAGGGCUCCCCGAAGGGCUGGCGGCGGCGGCAGCGGCGGCAGCCGGAGGAGGGGCUGGCGGGGCGGGGAGCGCCUUGCACACCGUGAUCCCGGCCGGCAUGGAGGCGGAUCUGAGCCAGCUGAGUGAAGAAGAGAGGAGACAGAUCGCCGCUGUCAUGUCAAGGGCGCAGGGGCUGCCCAAGGGAAGCGUUCCCCCGGCCGCUGCGGAGUCGCCUUCCAUGCACAGGAAACAAGAGUUGGACAGUAGUCAUACUCCAAAGCAACCAGGAAAACCACCGGACCCUGCACGUCCAGCUCAGCCUGGUCUCAGUAAAAGUAGAACUACAGACACUUUUAGGUUGGAGCAGAAAUUGCCUGGGAGGAGUCCUUCCACUAUUAGCUUGAAAGAAUCAAAGUCCAGAACUGAUUUUAAGGAAGAGCACAAGUCUAGUAUGAUGCCUGGCUUCCUUUCAGACGUUAACCCUUUAAGUGCUGUCUCCUCUGUUGUAAAUAAAUUCAACCCAUUCGAUUUGAUAUCAGACUCUGAGGCAUCCCAGGAGGAAACCACCAAGAAACCAAAAGUAGUUCAGAAGGAACAAGGAAAACCUGAAGGAAUCACAAAACCUCCAUCACAACAAUCAUCACCCAAGCCAGCUCCUAAGCAGCCAGGACCUGUUAGAGAUCCACUUCAGCAGGAUGGCUCUCCCAAAUCAGUAUCUUCUCAGCAACCAGAAAAAAUUAAAUCACAACCUCCAGGUACAGGAAAGCCAAUUCAGGGGCCUGUCCAAGCUCCUCAGACAGACCAGGUGAAAUUGCCACUUCGAGAUGCAACCAGGCCUCAGACUAAACAGUCAGACAUAGUAAGAGGAGAAUCAGUUAAACCCUCAUUGCAAAGCCCAUCCAAACCACCUAUUCAGCAAGCAAGUCCUGGAAAACCUCCAGCCCAGCAGCCUGGACCUGAAAAAUCACAACCUGGGCCUGCAAAGCCCUCAGCUCAGCAACCAGGGCUAGUGAAACCACUUGCUCAACAGCCAGGGACAGUGAAGCCCCCAGCCCAGCCUCCAGGAACAGCAAAGCCUCCAGCUCAGUCUCUUGGGUCUGUAAAGCCUCCAGCUCAGCAGGCUGGGUCAGAGAAGCCUUCAUCUCUGCAACCUGGGCCAAAGUCUCUAGCUCAGCCUCCUGGAAUUGGAAAGACUCCAACACAACAGCCAGGGCCAGGAAAGCCCCCAGCACAGCAGUUGGGGACACCAAAACCCCCAGCUCAACAUCCUGGGCCACAGUCUCCAGCUAAGCCACCUGGAUCUACAAAGACUCCAGUCCAGCAGCCUGGGACAACAAAGUCUCCAGCUCAGCAGCCUGGGCUGGGAAAGACUCCAGCUCAACAGCCAGGCCCAGCGAAGCCUCCUGCUCAACAGCCUGGCCCAACAAAGACCCCUUCUCAACAACCUGGCUCAGCAAAGCCCCCACCUCAACAGCCUGGCUCAGAAAAACCCUCGGCUCAACAGCCUACUCCAGCAAAGCCUUUAGCUCAGCAAUCUGCAAAACCAGUAAGCCAAAUGGGAACUGGGAGACCUCUGCAGCCACCAACAUCUUCUCUGCCUACAACACAGCCUCCAUCACAAGGCCUGCCUAAAACCAUCUGUCCUCUUUGCAAUACCACUGAACUUCUUUUGCAUGUUCCAGAAAAGGCCAAUUUUAACACAUGCACUGAGUGUCAAACCACUGUCUGUAGCCUCUGUGGUUUUAACCCCAAUCCUCAUUUAACCGAGAUAAAAGAGUGGCUCUGUUUAAACUGUCAGAUGCAAAGAGCUCUAGGAGGUGAUCUGGCUCCAAUUCCAUCAUCACCCCAGCCCAAACCGAAGACUGCCCCUGUUACUCCUACAUUAGCAGUGAGCAAAUCAUCCCCACAGUCACAGCAGACUUCCCCAAAGAAGGAUAUUGCACCCAAACAGGACAUUUCCAAGGCACCUGAGUCUAAAAAGCCACCACCACUAGUGAAACAACCAACCCUUCAUGGCUCUCCCCCAGCCACUGCCAAGCAGCCUCCUGUGGCAGAGUCUUCAUCCAAGCCAGCCCCUCCCAAAGAGCCUUCUAUCCCAUCCGAGAAGGCCAAGGACCCUGUUGUUGAUGAUAAACCAAAGCAGCCGAAGACAGUAAAGCCACCCCCAGACAUUGUGUCUUUAUCCUCAGCAACAAAACCUGAUAUUCCAAGCUCCAAAGUACAGUCACAGGCUCAAGAGAAAACAACCCCUCCUCCAAAAGCGGAUUCUGCCAAACCUUCACAAAGUUUUCCACCAACAGGAGAAAAAGUCACCCCAUUUGAUUCUCAAGUCAUACCUCGACCUGCAUCAGAUUCAAAAAUUAUUUCACAUCCUGGGCCUAGUUCAGAGAGCAAAGAUGAAAAACAAGUUGAUCCAGUUCAGAAGAAAGAAGAACCUAAGAAAGCACAAACCAAAAUGAGUCCUAAACCUGAUGCCAAGCCAAUGCCAAAAGGGUCACCAACACCCCCUGGCUCACGACCUACCACUGGCCAAACCGUCCCCACAUCUCAACAGCCCCCAAAGCCUCAGGAACAGUCGAGACGUUUCAGUCUGAAUCUGGGAAGUAUUACUGAUGCUCCUAAAUCACAGCCUACAACUCCUCAAGAAACUGUGACCGGGAAACUUUUUGGGUUUGGAGCAUCGAUUUUCAGCCAGGCAUCAAAUUUAAUUGCCACAGCAGGCCAACCUGGACCUCAUUCACAAAGUGGGCCAGGGGCACCAACAAAACAAGUCCCUCCCCCUUCACAGCCACCUACUUCUCAGGGGCCACCCAAAUCCACAGGUCAGGCACCACCACCACCUGCAAAGACUGCACCUGUGAAAAAGGAAACAAAAGCCCCAGUAGCUGAAAAAUUAGAACCCAAAGCUGAACAAGUUACAGUGGUAAAAAGAACAGAAACAGAAAAGAAGCCUCCACCUAUUAAGGACAGUAAACCUUCAACAGCUGAGCCUCAAAAGGCUGUUCUUCCUCCCAAACCAGAGAAAACCCCCAAACCAGAAUCAGUCUGUCCUCUCUGCAAAACUGAACUCAACAUAAGUUCUAAGGAUCCUCCUAACUUCAAUACCUGCACUGAAUGCAAGAACCGAGUGUGUAAUCUCUGUGGAUUUAACCCUACGCCACACUUGACUGAGGUGAUGCUAAGAUGUGGCAGGUUAGGAUUCACACUUGCCCUUGGUAGUGGAGGUCAGCGCAGCAGCGAGCAGGGCCAUUGCAACAGCAGCGCCAGCACAGCGUCUUACGUGGCUGCUUCUAUAUCUCCACCUUGA